UAGGUUCAGAAUGUACUUCUUUUUCUUCGUUAUUAGACGGGCGCAAUAUAAUUGGUAUACGGCAAAUACCAAAUCGAGACUUCGGAUUAUAGCUACCGGAAUUUUCACACUCGGCGUUAUAGUGAUUACAUACAUUCAGUGCCGUGCAAUGGUGAGGCAAUCCUUUCAGAAAAACCCACCAAUGGAAGGCAAUUCAUUGAAUGCUGACGAUAUGGAAGGCAAUUCAUUGAAGGUAAUACAUCCUGGCGAUAUGCGGGAGAAGAUUAAGGGUAUGAUGCUGCACGCCUGGCGAAACUAUGCUCGCGUUGUUUGGGGCACCAACGAGUUUCGUCCGAUUUCCCGUCGUGUCCAUGUGGGUGGCGAUUUCGCGUCCUACAAACUCGGCGCCACUAUCAUCGAGAGCUUGGACACUUUGCAUUUGAUGGGUCUGGACAACGAGCUAAAUCGCUCUCGGGCUUGGAUCGAGAAGUCAUUCAGCUUGGACCGAGUUGAUGAUGCGUUGUCCGUGUUUGAACUGACAUCCAGGCUGCUCUGUCCAAUGCUUACUCUGUAUUCCCUCACGGGGGAUUCGCUUUACAUGGAUAAGGCCAUCCACAUUGCCGAUAAGAUCCUGCCUGCCUUCGACACGCCAACUGGUAUACCCAGACAACUAGUGGUCCCAAAAACGGGCAGCACGCUCACGAAGUAUCUGAGCUACGUUUCUCGCACUGCAGAAUUCGGAGCACUGCACCUGGAGUUCUAUUACCUCAGCGAAAUUUCUGGGUAUCCGGUCUACAAGGAUCGAGUGGAUGCUAUCCGGCAGGUUUUAGCUAAAACAAAAAGACUCAAUGGACUUUAUCCCAAUGCGUUUUGCACACAAUAUGGUACAUGGGAAAACCAAAACUGCACCAUGAACCGACUUUAUGAUACCCUGCUAAAGUCAUGGAUUCAAUCCGGGAGAGCUGAUACUCAAAAUGCGGAUAUCUUCAAGGAAGGCUUGCUUGCUGUGGCCCAAAAUCUGGUUGUCAUCAAUCCCGACGACGUGACCUACGUAUCCACGUACAGAAAUGGUACUCUUCUCCUUCGUAUGAGGCACUCAGAUUGUUUUGCCGGCGGCCUGUUUGUCCUGGGAGCAGCAGAAACCCUAAUGAAGCACUGGGAAAAGUAUGUCCACAUGGGCACAGGCCUAGCAGAUACUUGCCACGACAGCUACUGGAACUCGCCCACUCGCCUGGGUCCGGAUACGUUUGCCUUCACGGAGGAAGGCCAGAAGGAAAUAGAGCCGCUCCAGAGAAACUUUUACAAUUUAAGGCCGGAAGCCGCGGAAACCUACUUGGUGCUUUGGCGCAUGACCCAUCAUCCGAAGUACCGCUUGUGGGGAUUUCAGAUGGUGCAAGCGAUAGAGAAGCACUGCCGCAAGUCCUACGGAUAUUCUGGUGUGCUGGACGUUAGGAACGUAGCUUCGGAACCGGAUGACGUGCAGAGGUCUUUCUUCCUGGGCGCCACUCUGAAGUAUUUGUACCUGCUCUUCUCCGACGACGAUGUGGUUUCGCUGGAGCAGUGGGUCUUCAACAGUGCCGGCCAUUUCCUGCCCAUCAAGGGCGUAAACCCCAUGUAUCGGCAACAUAACUCAUCGAGCUAAAGUUGAACUUUUAAUGCAGAC